UAACGAGCAACAUCGCAAUCGGCCAUUUUAAAUUCCUUCAAUCAAAAAUAAUGAGAGAAAGCAGAAAGUUAAAUUAAAAUUAAUAACAAUGAGCGUUGUAAGUGAACAGUGUAAAAAGUUACCGAAUAAACUACUAGAAACGAUAGCAAAUAAAAAAGUAAUAACACCGGAAGAUGUAUUACGAAUACCCUACAUAACGGACACUUACUUAUGCUCACCGGACGCGAAUAUCUUCGAAAUAGACUUUACCAAAUUCAAAAUACGCGAUCUCGAAAGCGGCGCCGUCUUAUUCGAAAUUGCCAAACCCGCUUCGUCCGAGAACGCAGACGACAAUACCGAUAAAGCUGACGGCGAGGAGGCGAUCGAUCCUAACGCCGGCAGAUUCGUUCGUUACCAGUUCACCCCGCAGUUCUUAAAAUUGAAAAUGGUUGGGGCCACUGUCGAAUUUACUGUCGGAAGUCGACCGGUCAAUAGGUUUCGCAUGAUCGAGCGCCACUUUUUUAGGGACAAACUUUUGAAAACGUUCGACUUCGAGUUCGGGUUUUGUAUACCGUACUCGAAGAACACCUGCGAGCAUAUUUACGAAUUUCCCAGCCUGCCCCCCGAUUUAGUAAAUGAAAUGAUUGCGUCGCCCUUCGAGACACGUUCGGAUAGUUUCUACUUCGUCGACGAUUGCCUCAUCAUGCAUAACAAGGCGGAUUAUGCGUACAACGGGGGAAUUUCUACAUAAUGUUGUAACGCAGGGUUAUUAGCCGUAUAGCUAGCUUAUUUUACGCACACGAAUCAAUCCUUUAUGUGGUGCACGUACACGGACACACAUCACUGGUUGGUACUUCUGUCACGAUCGCAAUUGUGUGUACAUUUCGUUUAAUUACGCAUACAGGGUGCUCUCACUACUUUAUUGUUACACCUUUACAAGCUUUGGCUUAAUGAUGUAUGUACGGUAGAAAUUCCUACACGGAUGAAUUAUUGCUGAUUUCUGUUACGGUGUCGGUGCAACAGUUGUAAUAAAUUUACGGAAAUAAAAUGCAUUUUUGCAAUUGUGUUUAUGUAAA